GACCUACAUUAAUUUCAUAUUUAAAAGGAGUUUCAUUACCUCAAUUACAUCCGUCUUUAAAUAAUCUUUCAAAAAUUGAUGCAUUAAUUGCAUCAAAAAAACGUGCAGAACAUCCUUAUGGACAAAAUAUUUAUAGA